CCGUCGAUCUAUUUGAUUAAUGAUUAUCAGUUGCAUGUGUGUAGUAGAGUAUCUACUGACUAAUUUUUACAGAUUUUCGGGAAGAAGCUUUUUGUAAAAUUAACAUAUAUAUAAACCGAUGGUGUGUUUGUGUAUGUGUGUAAAAAUAAAAAUUUAAAGGGAGAAGGGAGCCAUAUCAUUCCCUGUAUUAGACACGUGAUUGGUCGAUUCCUUUGUGCACAUGUAUUAUGAGAGAGACCUUCAAAUUCAACCCUCUCGCUAGUGCCGUGCAUUCUACAUCCCUCUCGUUUCCAAACGAGUCAUUUCAGUUGGGUGUUCGUUCGCGAUUCUGUAAUCUCUGUAAAUAGACGAUCGUCGAUCGUGCGGCUGAACCGAGGGUGAUGACAAGGGAGCAUCCGCAGUAAUGGCAUCGGCAUUGGAGCAGUUUGUAAAUAACGUUCGGACGCUCUCGAAGCAAGGUAACUUCAGAGAACUGUACGACAUCAUAAGCAAAAGCACCGAAGUAUUAACGAAAAAUGGACAACAUCUGGACAACGUUUUGGAAACGCUGGAACUGCAACAGCACUCGUUAGGUAUCCUAGCAGUACUCUGCGCAAAAUUUUCAUUGCCCAAUUCUAAUGGAAAUAACCCAGAUGCACACAAGGUAUUGUUUAAUCAAGUUCAGGAGUUUAUUAUCGGAUGUAAUGGGGAGCAAGUUAGAUUUGCACCAGAUACAUAUGCGGAUUUAUGUCACUUGUUCACACAGAGUUUGGUGGAGUUGAAAACGCCAUUACAAGGAAUCGAUUUAAUGCGUCGCGCGAUACGCAAGAUACGAUUGUUUGAGAGUCAGCUGACUUCGAUACACGCUGAUCUUUGUCAAUUAUGUCUUCUGUCCAAGUGCUUUAAGCCAGCGCUCGAAUUUCUAGACGUGGACGUCACGAGCAUUAGUCAGGAGGGAGGCCAGUUUGAUUCGAAAUACUUUCUAUUGUAUUACUAUUAUGGUGGCAUGAUAUAUACAGGGCUAAAGAAUUAUGAUCGGGCAUUGUAUUUCUUUGAAGUGUGCGUGACGACGCCCGCAAUGGCCGUCAGCUAUAUUAUGUUGGAAGCUUACAAAAAAUACAUUCUGAUUUCGCUGAUAUUACAUGGAAAAGUGUUAAACCUACCAAGGUACACCAGCCAGGUGAUCAACAGAUAUAUCAAGCCAUUGAGCCAACAAUAUCAGGAACUGGCCACAGCCUACCUCGUCAACAGCUGUGAAGAAGUGCAGAAUAUUAUCACCAAGUAUCAGCAAGUGUUUGUGAGAGAUCAUAAUUUGGGGCUCGUGAAACAGGUGCUCGCUUACUUGUACAAAAAGAAUAUACAGAGGUUGACUAAGACUUUUCUUACACUUAGUUUAAGUGAUGUUGCGAGCAGGGUUCAACUGUCGGGACCUGCAGAAGCGGAAAAGUACAUCUUAAGCAUGAUUGAAGAUGGUGAAAUUUUUGCGACUAUUAAUCAGAAAGAUGGUAUGGUAGUGUUUCAUGAUGAUCCUGAGAAAUAUAAUUCACCUCAAAUGCUGGCAAACUUUGAGAAGGAAAUGGCAGCAUGCACAGAAUUAGAUAAACGAGUGUUAGAAAUGGAAGAGGAGGUCGUUCUUACGCCGCAAUAUGUUCGCAAAGCUUGUGGACAGAACGAUCAGGACGAUCAAGCCGCCGGACCUGCACCAACGAACGUUACAAAUGCACAAGGUCAAAUUAAACAAAAUACCUAUUCUAUGUAACAUAUAUAUGUCGUUGUGUGUUAUCUUUAUUAAAAAAUUACAAGAAAUCAUGGAAAA